AUGCUAGAAAUAGUAGCGGCCCAACACUUACAAUCUGGUACCGGCCCACUGUGCUAUAGAAUAGUGUCACACCGGGCCAGUCCGCUACUGCAUCCAGGUGCCAGUGGAUGGAGUAUAUAUACAAUGCUCGCCACGGCUGUCGUCAUCGCCCACAAGCACUUAAAGUGUAGAUGUUCGGAACGUGUUUGCCAAACAAGGGUAAAUGGUAAUCAUACUGCUGGUGGAAAUGGCCAGCAGGUUUCCAUCGAUGAGAGAAAAUCCGUUGAUAUGUCUGCAACGGUUAUAAUGUAA